AUGAUCGGAAGGUGUGCAGUAAUUAGUAAUGAUGUAUUGAAGAAGUGGAAAGUAUUAGGAAUCAUUCAAAACAGGAUGAAUUCAAUGCUUGAUCAAAAAAUGUCAAAUGCUGAUCCAGAUGACAAAGAUACAAUCUAUGAAAAGUCCUAUUCAAUAUUGUCUUAUCUACCUAAUCCUAUGUUAUCAUUUUCUAAUCGUAAUUUAUCAUAUCUUGCCAUAUGCUCCAUUUUAUUCCAUCGAUCUUCUAUUCCAUUAAGUCUUGUUUCAUUUGUCUAUUUCGUAGAUAAUAUAAUUUAUGAAUAUUACAAUGUAGUGUUGAGCUAA